CAUCUCUCUUAGGCAGACGUAACACUUGUAUUUGAAACAUAUGUAUAACAACUAAUAUGUCCACUGUUGUGGAACAAGAUCCUGUGGAAUUAAUGCUAAAGAAAACAGGUUGCAUUGAACUACACUACAAAGUGCAAGAGUGCAUUGCAGAAACAAACGACUGGCGAAUGUGUCAGGAGAAGGUAAAGGAGUUUAAAACCUGCAUGCAAAAGUAUGUGGAACAACAGAGGCAAAAGUAUGCCCAUGUUAAGUAAAACACUAAAAAAAUUAAUAAGCACCAGCCUUGGUAAGCCAGCCAAACUAGCGUUAAUAGUGCGCAGCGAUC